CUUUCUGUUUUGUACAUCACAUUCUACACAGAGAUCGUGAACACUGAACACACGCUAUGACAAUGGCAACGUUGAAGGUUCCCGCUCAAGUUCCUUCUCCAGCGGAAGACAGUGAGCAAUUGCGAAAAGCUUUUCAAGGGUGGGGAACGAAUGAAGGAUUGAUAAUAUCAAUCCUUGCUCAUAGAAAUGCAGCUCAGCGAAAGUUGAUUCGCCAAACUUAUGCUGAAACCUAUGGAGAAGAUCUUCUUAAAGAUUUAGAUAAAGAACUUUCAAGUGACUUUGAGCGGGCUGUGUUGUUGUGGAUAAUGGAUCCUGCUGAGCGUGAUGCCUUUUUAGCUAAUGAAGCUACUAAGAGGUUGACUUCAAGCAAUUGGGUCAUUGUGGAAAUAGCUUCCACUAGAUCUUCACUUGACCUCUUUAAGGCAAAGCAAGCAUAUCAAGCCCGUUUCAAAAGGUCCCUUGAAGAAGACGUUGCCUAUCAUACUUCUGGUGACAUCCGCAAGCUAUUGGUUCCUCUUGUGAGCAUAUUCCGUUAUGAGGGGGAUGAGGUGAACAUGACAUUAGCAAAAUCUGAGGCUAAAUUGCUUCAUGAGAAGAUUGCGGAGAAGGCCUACAAUCAUGAGGACAUGAUCAGGAUUUUAACAACAAGAAGUAAAGCACAGUUGAGUGCAACACUAAAUCACUACAACAAUGAGUUUGGGAAUGCCAUAACCAAGGAUCUGAAAACUGAUCCGAAUGAUGAAUAUCUGAAAUUAUUGAGGGCAACCAUUAGGUGCUUGACCUACCCUGAGAAAUAUUAUGAGAAAGUCUUAAGGCUGGCUAUAAACAAACUGGGAACUGAUGAAUGGGCCCUUACUAGAGUGGUGACAACCAGAGCUGAAGUUGAUUUGCAGCGAAUUGCUGAGGAAUACCAAAGAAGAAAUAGCGUUCCUCUGGAUCAGGCAAUAGCCAACGACACUUCUGGAGACUAUAAGAGCAUUCUCCUAGCUCUGGCUGGAAAUGAUGAUUAAGAGCUCUUACUCUGCUCAGUUUUCAUGGAUUGCUGGUUAGCCUCUGUGCCGUGGAUCUCUGGACAGAGGAAAUCGGUGGCUUGCUGGAAAUGAUGCUUGUCAGGUGUAUAAAUUGUCCUGGUCUUUUUAAAAUAAUGUUUUGAAUAUGAUCGUAAAUUCAAGACAUAGAGCUUUAC